CAAUCACUUCUCUCCACUUUCUCCUCAAUUUUAGGAAAAUAAAUCUCUGUCAUUCGUGUAUAUUAAAAACAACUCUAACUAAACCAGUUCUGCCAUUUUUUUUAUCGUACCUACUGUUUCAUUACUUCAUCAACAUGAAUUUCCAAAGUUUCAUAGAUGACAACAGGAACAUCAAUCUCAAUUUAAAUUCUGAAUUCUCUACCCAACAAUCAAACUCAGAUGAUAUUUCUAUUUUUACAAAUAAUUCAGAUUUUGGUUUUUCUAUUCCACCAGAAACAAAUUCUACCAAUUCGAAAAGACAGCGUAGCUGUAAUUUUACCGUAGAAGAAGAUCUACAUAUUGUUUCAUCGUGGCUUAAUAUCAGUAUUGAUGCUAUACAAGGGAACGAACAAAAACAUAGAACGUAUUGGACAAGAUUAUGGGAGUACUUUCAUAAAUACAGACGUUUUGAAUCCGAACGAACGCAUAUUUCUUUAAUGAAUCGUUGGUCAACAAUUCAGUUAGCUACAAAUAAGUUUUGCGGAUGUUAUGCUCAAAUUGAAUCGAGAAAUCAAAGUGGGAUCAAUGAGCAAGACAAGAUUGCUAAUGCAAAAAUUUUAUUUCAAGAACUAAACAAAGGCAAAUUUCAGUUUGAACAUUGUUGGAACAUACUACGAUUCAAACCAAAAUGGUUAGAAGAUUGUGAAAAGAAAAAACCAACGAAAAAAAAAGACAAGAUUCAUGUUAAUGCUCCUGCUUCAGAGACUGGAUUUACUUUAGGAGAUGACAAUAUUACAGGUACGAAUUUUAUCGAUUUAGAGAGACCUCCUGGAAGAAAGGUCGAGAAGGAAAAAAAGAAAAGAAAGAACAAAGAGAUGGAAAAUGAUUCGUCGGAUUCAUACAUGAAUAUAUUGCAAGAAAUGAGAGAGGAAAAGAAGCAAUUCAAUGAAAAAAAAUUAGAUAUAUUUGAAAAAGUAUAUGUUCAAGGACAAGAGAGACUUCUUUAUGAGAAAGAAAAGAUGCGAUUAGAACAAUUGAAAGAAGAUGAAAGGAUAAUGGGAAUAGAUACGACUGGAAUGCCUGAAAUGCUUGCGAAUUUUUAUAUUCGAUGUCAAAGCGAGAUCAUUGAAAGGAAAUCUAGAAAUUUUUAGAAUUUUAGUUGUUGCAUUGACUUUUUAUUUGUUCUGUUAUUAAUUAUGUUCAACAUUCUAUGUCCUUGUGUUAA